GCCCGCCCCAUCCGCCGCGGCAGCGGCGGUGAGGGGAGUCUCGUCUGCGAGCGGCGGCCGGGCGAUGUCGGCGCUGGAGUGGUUCGCCCACAAGCCCCUGGGCGACGGCAUCUUCUGGAUCCAAGAGCGCUUCUAUGAGUCGGGCAACCGGGCCAACAUCUGGCUGGUGCGGGGCUCGCAGCGGGACGUGGUGAUCGACGCGGGGCUGGGGCUGCGCAGCCUGCCCGACUACCUGCGGGACGCCGGCCUGCUGCCGCCGGCCGAAGGGCCCGGCCCGCGGCCGCUGCUGGCCGUGGCCACCCACGUUCACUUCGACCACUCGGGAGGACUGCAGCACUUCGAGGAGGUGGCGGUGCACAGCGCCGAGGCGGCGGCCCUGCUCCGCGGCGACAACUACGAGGCCGUCACCUGGCUGUGGGAGCGGGAGGUGGCGCGGCCGCCGCGGCCCGGCUGGCGGGCCCGGCAGUUCCGCGUCCCCCCGGUGCGGCCCACCCGCCUGCUGCAGGAGGGGGAUGUGAUCAGCCUCGGAGACCGACAGCUUACUGUCAUGCACAUGCCUGGUCAUUCAAGAGGCAGUAUUUGCUUACACGACAAAGACCGGAAGAUUUUGUUCAGCGGAGACGUGGUGUACGAUGGAUCCAUGAUUGACUGGCUUCCCUACAGCAGAGUAAGUGACUACGUUGCAAGCUGCCAGCGCCUCAUGGAGUUGGUGGACAGAGGUCUCGUGGAGAAGGUACUGCCUGGGCACUUUAACAUAUUUGGGGCAGAAAGGCUGUAUCGGUUAGCUUCCAACUACAUUGCACAAGCUGGAGUUUGUCACAAGGUUUCUACUUGUGCCAUGAGAUCCCUGGCAAGCAUAGCACUUCGCAUUACAAAUUCGAGAGUCACUUCGUAGUGACUACAUUUUGUGUUAUCUAUUCCCUGCUGAAAACCCAAAUGGCUUGUGAAAGGAUCGAUAGAAGCAAAAGCAGUAUGCAUUAGUAAAGAGCUGGCAAAUUAAUACAGAUGAGCUGCAAAAAUCUUGCCUAUUUUUGCCUACUUUAUUCCUAUUUUUGUAAAAAGUAUGUAAGCUAGUAGCUUUAGCCAAAGCUACCUUUUUUCUUUUUAUUUUUUUCAAGGCAUGUUUGCACAUGUAUUGUGAUUGAAAUAUAUUGUUUUAUUUUUGUUACGAUUCUGAUAGAUGCAUAUAUGCCAAAAUGAGAGGUUUUACAUUCAUGCCUGAAACCUUGUUGAUGUAGCACUAGGUUUGUGACUGUUCACUCAACUCCUGCUCAGGUUUUGGCCUAAGACGGCUCUUUGAGACCAGCACCGUUAGGUCAAAGCAAGAGCAAGACCUCCGCAGGACUCAGUGGGCAGAAUGCGGUGAGGGCUAUUCUGCAGCCGUUGUCACCUGCUGUGUAGUGGCUGCUGCAGCCAUCAUCUUUGCCAAGUAGCUGUCUGGCAGUUUCUUUAGAAUCUACUAACACAUGGAAAUGCUAUAGACCAAACUUCCGAGCUGGAAGGUACAGAUACAUUGGCUUACUGAAAAAGCUUUUGUUGCGGGUCCAACAGCAGAUGGAGUGUUGAGCCCUUUUGUGCUUCCUGGUGUGGUACAGGGGACGCCUGCACCAUGACAGACGAGCAAGAAUGAGCACUCUCACCGUCGGCUAGGGAACUAUUCUGCUUAUGGGCGUGUGAAUUAGGAUUAGAGAAUGUAUGAACUAAUGAAUUAAUGUGUUAGACUAGUCCGUACAAUGUGGAUUGAGCCCUUGCUUGAUGUCGUUUUUUUUUCUGAGCUCAUAAAAGAAAUUUUUAUUUACAGAAUAUGUUCUGAAAAUUUGAGAGAACUGGUCUGUGACAAGCUUUAAGGUUUUAUUUGCGUUUAAGAGUAUUUUUAUGUGACUGGAUUGUAACUCGGUUGUUACUGCUCUGUGGCAGGGCAAGGAUGGUGGCUUUAACGUUACCUUGCCCUGCUGCAGGUGCUGGAUUAAACAGCUGGUACGCUUGUUACCACAAAGUGAAUGUAACUUGAGCUGUUCACUGUGUGCUUAUGAGGUGUUUGAUGCAUAUGUUUUUUAUGAAAAGUAAAGUGCAUUGCAUCUGACUCUGUUACAAAAAAAGUUGAAUAUGUUGAGAAAUGCUAAAUGACAUUGUAACCUGCUUACAAAAAUUGAAUGUGUGAUGUUUAAAAACUGUUGAAAUGAUUAGAGUUUGUGUAAUUAUUCUAACAGUCUGUAUAUAUUUAACUUUUUUAAAAGGACACUGUCUGAUGAUAUUUUCGUAUACUUUCCUAAAAAGAGUGCAAAUGUUUUUCCCAAAUUUUAUUGGAGUUUAACCGUAUUUGUUUGGCUUCCACUUCAGGGGGAAGCUUUUCCCACCCCUCUCAUCAUACCCCACAGAAAGGGAGCCCAAAGUUUGGGCUCUGUCUAAGGCAUGGGGGAGUGGAAGUCUUCUCAAUAGGUGUAAAAGCUGGUGAAAAAAACAGCUGCAAAAUAAAAAAGCAUCUCUGUCUAAAAAUUAUGCAAGGUUAUGUAAUACUUUCCUCCUUUCACAGAUGUCAUGGUUUAGGCCGGGCUGGCCGCUAAAUAAACAACAGAGUGGCCCUCUCCCUUACCGUAUAAUAAUUUUCAUUAUUUUCUUACCUUUCUUAAAAACUACUUCUGCUGUAUUACCCCAUACAGUGAUGUCAAUGUAUCAUGGGUGAUCGGGAGCUCCACCCUUCUCCAGUGCAGUCUGGAUCAGUCCAUGGCAAAUAGGGCUGUGUUUCCACCCCUGGGGCAGUCAUAGAAUCAUAGAAUGGUUUGGAUUGGAAGGGACCGUAAAGAUCAUCUAGUUCCAACUCCCUGCCCUGGGCAGGGACACCUCCCACCAGCCCAGGUUGCUCCAAGCCCCAUCCAGCCUGGCCUUGAGCCCCUCCAGGGAUGGGGAAGCCACAGCUUCUCUGGGCAACUUGAGCCAGGGUCUUAUGCCCUCCCAGGAAAGAAUUUCUUGCUAGUAUCUAAUCUAAAUCUACCCUCUUCCAGUUUAAAAUCAUUACCCCUCGUCCUAUCAUUACAAUCCUUGAUCCAGAGUCCCUCCUCAGCUUUCCUGUAGACCCCCUUUACGUACUGGAAGGCUGCUAUAAGGUCUCCUCGGAGCCUUCUCUUCUCCAGCCUGAACAAGCACAACUCUUUCAGCCUGUCCUCAUAGCAGAGGGGCUCCAGCCCUCGCAGCAUCUUUGUGGCCCUCCACUGGACCCGUUCCAACAGGUCCAUGUUCUUCUUGUUGCUGAAGACUCCAGAGCUGCACGCAGUACUCCAGGUGUACUGGACACCUCUCCAGGUGAAAGCAAACUGUGGCCUUCACUCUGCUGCCAAAAGAAUAGAGAAAAAUGCAUUAGCAGUGUCAGUUGUGGCACACCACUUGUCUGCCUUUGACUCCAGUUCAUAGUGAAGUUGUAGCAUGUCUGGUACAGCAAUGCUCAGCAGUGGUGGUGUGACUCCAUUCAGGCCACGAUAGUCUACUGUUACUCUCCAGUCUCCAUCAGAUUUUCGCACUGGCCAUACAGGGCUGUUGAAGGGGAGCGAGUCUUGCUGAUCACUCCCUGGCUCUCCAGCCGACGAAUCAGGUUCUGGAUGGGAAUCAGGAGUCUCAGUUGGAGCAGUAUUGUCAUCCAUGCACUGUUGUAGUAGCAAUUGGCACCUGCUGUUCUUCAGCCCUCAGCAGCCCCACAGCAGAAGUGUCCUCUGAAAGACCAGGCAGGGUAAUGUGCUCAGUCUCUGUGGCUGCGGUACCAAAGGCCCACCGAUACCCUUUUGGGUCCUUAAAUGCCCUCUCCUCAGGGGGUCCAUGCCAAGGAUGCACGGAGCAUUUGGGCCAGUCACAAUGGGGUGCUUCUCCCAUUUAUUCCCAGUUAGGUUCACUUCAGCAUCCAAUACAGUCAGUUCCUGAGAUCCGCCCGUCACUCCAGUGAUGGAUUCUGCCCCUCUAUGAUCGCAGCAGGGUACACUGUGCACCAGUGUCCACCAGGGCUUUAGACUUUUGUAGCUUUAAUGUGCCAGGCCUUCGAAUUCACACAGUCUAUAAACUCGGUUGUCCUUCUCCUUCACCUGGCCAAAGGCAGGGCCCCUCUAAUAUUGAGCAUAGUACCCGUGAUUAACAGAUGGGUUCACUUGGCUCGUGUAGCUAUCAAAAUUUGGGUUAGUUCUUGGACCAGAGAACUGCUUACCGAAGACUGCAGCAGCCAUCCUCCCAGAAAAACUCUUUCUUCUAUUUGUUUCACUUUGCAAGUUGUGUACUCAUGCCUGUGAGUCAGCGGUAGGUUGUCCAACCCACUUCCUCAUGUCCUCAUCAUGGUUGUGGAGGUAAAACCACAGGGUACCUCGUCGCAUGUUCCAUCUCUCUUGAGCUGUUCUCCUAGGAGGGCUCUCCUGACACCUGCAAUGUGCGUCCACGCAGGGGAAGAGUGGGAUCUUGUCUCCAUCCUGGACAGUUUAUCAAACAGUUUUUCAAAUAAUUUCUUGGAUUUCUCAGCCAUUUUCAGAUAUUUCUCCACAGCCACAGCAGUGAAGGGGCGAGAGAGGCUGUCUUUGUACUAUUCUACUCUGUUAGCCACUUUCAUUUACAGUUGGUGUGUCGGCAUCAGAUCCUCCCCAGACCACUGCUGAUGAUGUGUGGGAAUACAUCAGUGGUGCACUCUGCACAGACUUCCGCAACGUAAGUCGUUGGCAUGGCAUUUCGUCAGGGUCUACUUUCACUCACCAGUCAUCAUAAAUCACCUCUGGCACAGACAGUUUUCUUAGGUACUUAACACCUUUCUCCAUGGUGGUCCAUUUGCUCGGGUGGCAUUCGAUAUUGUCCUUAAAGUCAGCCCUUUCAGGCUGACGAGAGUUGCCUCCAGGGACUGAGAGUUUUUUGGCUUUCUCCCAAGCACCUUAUCAAUGCUUCCAUCUCUGGCCAGGUUUCCCAACUGCCUGGCUUCUCUACCGUCUAAGUCUAUGGUAUUGGCCCCAUUAUCCCAGCGCCAGAGCAAACAGCUGGUAAGUGUCUCACCUUCAUGAUGGCUAAAGGCAUGCCCAUUCAAAAGAAAAGAUAUCCUCCAUCAUUUGUGUUUAAAGCUGUGCUCAGUAUCAGCUACAAGAUCCUUAAAUACCCAGAUCAGUGUCAAAAUGCCCUGUUAAGCCAUGCUUAAGUCCAUGAAGUAUAUGUAGGUACAGCAAUUGCCUGGGUUUUUUUCCUUGACCAAAAUUUAGGGAAUAAUUUCCUAGGUAAGAAGUGAGCUUUAUAUGAACAUAGCCCGAAAUGGGAUGUGUUAGUAAACUGCUGCUAUAAUUUAGUACAAAGUAGGUUUUGAAGGCCUUGAAAUAUUUUUGUAUUGUAAGAAAUUCACUACUAGGUAAAUGGUAUGUCUUAAGCAUAAACAACUGGCUCUGACUAUUUUUGUUAAGAAUUACCAAGUUUUAGUCAUAAGAGUUUGACAGUGUCCCUUUAACACUACUUGGAUUAAAUAUUUAAAACAUACAUUGUAAGUUUAAAUAUUGCAACAUCUUGGGCAUUCAAAACUGUGUUGAUUUUUUUGUAAAAUCUAAAUGUAUGUUAAUGCAGUUUUUGUUAGACUGGAAAAUUAACAAAAAAAUCAGACGAGAAGUUUUGCUAUGUAAUCUGUCAAGAUGUUUGUGAUGUUAAACAUCAAUUUACACAUCAAAAAGCAAUUUAAUCAUAGAUAACCAUAAUAAAAAUGUUUUAAUCCUGUGCAGUCCAGUCAUAAUUUCUAGGUAUUUUUUAAAAGCAGCACUUUUUUAUUCUAAAUGAAAUGUAAAAUCCUUAGCAGUUGCUAGCAGUCUUUUUCUGAGGAAGGGACUGCAUUAGAAACAUUUAUAUAUCAUAGACUAAUGCUGCAAAGCUUGUAUAAAACCGUAAGUGGGUACUUCUUGGAAAAAAACCCCACAUUUUAACAGAAAUCAGAAUUAGGUUUUCAAUGGAAUUUGCACACAGAAAGCAUGGAUGUGAUGAAAGCAUAUAUUUGGGGGUCAGUUUCAGUUUGUGGUGAUGUAGAUUAUUAUUUCCACACAGACAGUAGCUAAUGACAGCUGUUUACUGUACUUGAAACAAAAAUGGUCACACAGCUUUUGUUCAGCACGUAACUGGAGCUUGAAAUAAUGCCUAGAAUACUUGCUGUCUCAUUUCUAAUAAAAUAUAGGACUCCUUAUUAACUGAUAAACUGUAGAAGUUCCAUGGAAAUUAGUCCGUGAAUAACAAAAGCAGCUGCUGUCAUGAAAACCAGCAGAAAAUAAAUGUGCCUGUAUAAAGCCAAGAAUAAAUGAAGAUAGAGAUGCACCUGUUCCUUUAAAGAUAAAGAUGGGCUUCCUUCCAGACAGCUGAUAACUGGACUGCAGGGACACGUGGUUGUUCAGUUAAUACAGUGCAUUUGUUUUCCUUCCAGGAGUUCCAGUGUCAAGUGCAGUCUUCAAGUCAAUCUCUUUCCAAUUAUCACAAAUACAAUCUUAUUUUCAAAACUAUUUUACCUUGUUAAAUUUUGAAUUUUAUGGGGUGAUGAGGACAGAAUUUGAAGUCAAGUAUAGGUAGAAAUAAGAUGAUUUUAUGAGGAAAAUUAAUGAAUUGUAAGUAAUUAUGAGGGAAAUAAGGCAAUUAAAAUAAUUAAAAAUAUUACAAUGUUGGUUUUAUCUAAAGAAUAAAAAAUACUAGCAUGGCAGCAGACAGCUGGGAAGCUCCGUGUCUCAGAUUAGUUUAUUGGGGUCCACAACACGGCCCUCUUCCUCUGUCAUUUUUGGUGAUGCAGAGGAGUUUUCUAUCAUACAAGCUAACAAUCAGGACUAACCCAGCUGAUCAGGUGUCAUCAGUUCAGAGCGCUGUACAGCGGUGUAUCAAUGAUUCCCCAUUACACAUCUAGGAACAAGGUAACUUGUAGUGGAAGUAAGACACCUCAGAUCGGCGUUUAUAAAAUGUGGCAACACACAACUUCCACUCUGUGUCUAACAAAGGAUGGGCAGAGCCUUUCUCUGUUGUCUGGGGUCAGUAAUAAGUUCAGAUGCACAUCAAGAGUUAGUGGCACCCCAGCACAGGACACAAAGAUUUCGGUGACCCAGUUACAAGCAUUUUACCUCCUGUCCUGCACCUGUCCUGUUUGAAGCAGGAGCACUAGGAACUCAAGGUGUAAGCAAAAUCCAUCACUCUCACCUAUCCUUUCUCAAUAAACGGGUCUGACAAUGAGUUGGAAAAAGUUUGUUACAUGUACUGUGAAAAUCAUCAUAUUUGACAUCAAGUUUGAUAUGGUAAAUUUUCCUAGCAACAAGAAUGAAUUUUCUUCAUUGGCAUUCAGCAGAUAAGGGGAUAGGUUUGGUUUGCAGAUCAGAAAUUGAAUGCUUUACUGCACUUCUUUACAGACAAGUAUGAAACAGAAGGCAAAGAAAGGCCAUCUUGAGGUCACCUAGCACCAUCUUCAUGCAGAGAAGCAGAAUGUUUCCUUAAAACUAGAGGUUCCCAAGUCUACCUGCCCCACUUUUUCUGCUUUCCAUCACUUUUUCACUUUCUAGUGCCUCAACUGCCUCAUGUUUCUGGCCUGCUACCAGCUUUUUCCUUCAUCCCACAUCCUCUGCUGCUGCUUGCUCUCACAUAUCGACUUCUGUCUGUGCCUCCCCAUGAGUUCCCCCACCUUUUCUCCCCUCUCCCUCACCCUGAGAAAUGGCCUCUUUUCCUUCACAAUAUCUGAAAUCCACCAUCUAGAGCACUGUGUCUGGAGCCCAAGAUAAGAAACACAACAGAGAAAGGGCAGCCCUGUGGCUCAGCGUCGGCCAUACAGGUCAUUCCACAAUGCCUUAUUGCUUACUGAUCAACUUAAGACUUCUCUUCACCUUCAGUCCAAAUUAUCCUUUUGUGCAAACUAAGCUGUUACAAUUGGAUGCAGUGUCCUCGUAACAUCUUUUUACAUAGCAGAAAACUUACCAGUCAGCUACCAUAAGCUUGAAAACAUGAUGUAUAGGGAAAGACUUAAUUCCUUUGGUUUUUUCCUUCAAAAGCUUUCCAGUUUCUUUAUUCCUCUCUUAAAGUACGCCCUGCAAAGCUGUAUGCCACUCAAGUUUUGCCAGCGUCAAGCAGAAUAGAACAAGCUCAUCCUUGCCUUACAUGUUUGCACUCUUCCUAAUACAUCACUGAUUCAUAUUCCUAUUUCUGGUCCCUUGUAAUCUCCAAGUUCUGUUCUGUAAUAAUAUUUUCUAUGCAGUUACUUCCCAUCUUGCUUUUCUGCACUGGAGUUUUCUCCUGUGAAAUAAAGCACUGUCAACUUGCCUUCAUUCCGUUUCAUAUCACUGAUUCCAGACCACCUCGUCAGUUGGUCAAAAUAAUUUUGAAUUCUGGUCCUGUCUUUCAUCAUGCUUGUAAGUCCUCUAGCCUCUGCAUGGAGGGUAUACACAGUUGUCCUCCUUACAGCUGCGGAGUUUGAGGAGGCUACUUUAGCCACAGUAAGUAAGAACAGCCUUCAGGCUGCCUGAUACCUUUCUUUCACUACGCAUUCAUCUCAUAUUCACUCCGUAUUUUGCUCACGUAGAAAGGAUUUCUUCAUGGCAAUUGGUGUUUUAGUUCGUUCUUUGGCACUUUGCAUUUAAGUUUUAAAAUGUAAAAUUCUAUUUUUCUUUCUGCUGUGCAUGCAAUCUGAUUGCGGUUUCUUACCAGUCACAUACAAUUUUUAUUUACAGCAGCUAUGAAUGUGUUGCUUUAUUUUAGUCAUGUUGAACUACACCGUGUGUUUCGCAAGAGAUGCUACAUUGUGAGGCAGCUAUCUCAGAAGAGCAAGGGGUCUUUAAAAUUGUCUUUCUAAUACACAUGGAAAUGAAACAGUCAUUUAAAUUACUUCAAUACUACAGCAUCUCAUUUUAUUUUUACCUCAGUGAACAUCUCUAUUUGUCACCAUGUCACUACAAAAGAAACAUGUU